AGCAAAGAAAAAGAAGACCUCUGUGUUUUCCUACAAAAUCUAUCUCGCAGAAAUAUCUGAAUGUUGUUAAAGUAAUAAAAUUACUUUUAAAGGUGAGUUUUUUAAAAAAAUCUAAUUAAAUGAUAGUACCUGAUCUAACUGUGAGAUAAUUUUUGAACUGAAGACAUCAUUUGGAAAAAUUCUUAAAAUAUCUUUCCACUCUCCCACCAUGCAUUUCAGAAUUUGACAUAAAUCCAAACACUCUCAUUUCCAGGUUAUGUCAAAAAGUCUAAACUGUUUGUUUUGCAGUAGCUUUCAAGACAAGGGAGCCCAUUAUCCCGGAGCAAUUGUUUCCUUAUUAACACAUAAUUUCUCUUGGAAUUUCUCUUAGCAUUCAAACAAAAAGGUGCACUUUGUUGUGGGGUUGUUUGUAUUGUAAUUAAGGGGGAAGUAGACUGUCUUUUGAUAGUUUUUGCUUGGGGCACAGAAUCAUAGUAUGGUGAUGCUUAUUGUCACUUGGGAACAGUAAUUAUGUAUUAUAAUUAUCUAUUCAUAUAUUUUAUUUAAAAACAAUUAUGUUUAUGUUAUACAUAUUUUACAUUUACAUCAUUAGGCCCAGUUUACCUAAAGUAUUAAUUACUAAGUCUUAUACUCUACAUAAUAUUUUCCUUUCAGUAUGUUCCAAUUAAAGCAAUUGUUCAAGGUAAAACAAACCCUUCACUGAACCCCACGAUCACUUCACAGCUUCUAUGGACUUACUGAUAGUUUUAUUUAAAUUCGUACUUGAACACAGCAAAAAAAAGUUGAUAGUAAGAAGCUAAAAUGUCCUUCCUCAACCCUCUGAUCAGAACCUUCUCUUUAAGCAGAUGUAUCAUAGGAUCCUGGACUUGUAUCAGAGGAUCUGAACUUGAAUCUCAGCUAUCACACAUGAUUUUUGUGAUCUUGAGGAAGUUACCAAAUACCUCAAUUUUCAGUUAUUUUCCUCUGUAAAAUUAAGGUGAUAACCAUGUCACAGGAUCAAAUAGCAAAAUGAAUAGGUGAGUCCAAAAACAUUUUUUGGACUGGAGAAUGUAUCUAUAAUGUCACACUUUUCCCAUAUGAAACUCACAGUGAAAAGGAGUCAUCCAUUUUUGUUAGUUUUUCAGAUAUCCUAGGUUUUACUUUAGAAAGUACAAAACCUUUUUUUCUAAUUGUCCUAUUUUGAUUGAAUAUUUUUCCGAAAAUUAUUUCAUACACAUUUGUUUCUUAAAAUGCAUAGAUAGUAUUACCUUAUGUUUACAUAUUCAUUAGGAAUCAGUAACAAAAUUUUUUAGUAUUAUUCUCUGCCAGGCGCUCUGUUAGGCCCUGUAUAUUCACUGAUAGAAAAAUAGACAGAGGUCCAUUUUUCACGGAGUGUAUGAAGUAGUAGGGAGACAGGCAUUAGGUAAAACAGACAUAUAAUCGCAAAAGGGAAAAUUGGGAUAAGUGCUAAGAAGGAAAACAAGAGGGCUCUGCAAGAAAGAACAAGGAAGAACUGCUUUAGAUUGGGGGGGGGUCAGAACGGUGUCUUUGAAAAAGUGAGAUUUAAGCUGGGAUCUUAAGGAUGAGAAACAGCCAGUCUUGCAGAAUGUGGAAGAAAGCAUUCCAGGCACUGGACACAUGGAUGAGUUGCCUUGGUAGAAAAACAAGUUUUUAGGAAAAUGACAGAACUCCAUUGUGGCUGGAACACAGUGAACUGGGGAGACUUGUCUCACAUAGAUGUAGAGUCCUGUACAUUUUAUAAAACAUAAUAUAGAAAAUAGCUUAUAGCAACCAGUUGAGAUAUAUAAGACAUUGUUUCUGUUUGUUUGUUUGGAAAAAAAAGCAGACAUGGAAGGUUAAAGAGAAUGACUUGCCCAGGGUUACCGAGUCUUUUGGUUACAUGAGUACUCCAGUCUCUGACACGCAGUACUGAGUUUCUCCUGUGAAAAUUUCCUGUCUGAAGGUUUUCAUACUUUCAUAGUGGCCAAGGUCAUCAUUUUGCAACCAAUUCACGAACUGAAACCCUUUUGGGCAGUUGGCGUGUGGAAGGCCAAUUGCCCGGUCAUAAAGGUUGGAUUCUUGUAUUUGAAUGAUAGUGUUUUGUUUUCUGUGCUGUUGGGCUGCUCCUCAGUUGAUGUCAGCGAUUUAUUCCCUUUUCUAUUUUUGAGGAGCUGCAGGCAUGAAAAUUGGUAUAGUUAGUUUCUUAGGCACGUGUAAAGUAACAGUAAAUAAAUAGCCUCUAAGAGCCCAUUGGCCUAUCCUGUUCAUGUAGUCCAUGAACUCAGGUGUGUACACUUGACAUGAUUUCCGUCUGUUCAGAAGUCAAGUUUGUUUGCCUUUGUUUGGGUCUUUUCCUGAUGAUGUUGUCAGGGUUCGGUAGAGCCAAGGCAUUCUUAGUGUUUGAGAAUGACACUGUUUAUCUCCCCCAAUUUUUUGUCUCAUGAUCCAGGCAGUGAUGUAUAACUAUUCUUAAUUGUAAAAAUUGAUUUUACUUUGGAAAUCGUUGCCUACAAGCUAAAACACAUUCCUCUGUAGCAAACGCACCAUGCUUACUGCCUAUAAUUAAAAAAAAAAUGGGUCUCUAAGCUCAGAGUAGUUUUGCCAUAGUGCAGCCCAUUGCAUGUGCAGAUGUCAUGUGUUCUGUGGGAACUGGAACUCAGCAGUUGUGAGGAAAUGCUGAUAUUCUGGCUUCUGCUAUUGCUAUGGGUAAUGAAGUCCUUUUUCUCUGACCCAGAAAUCUCCUGUAUCCCACCAGCAUAGGUGAAAUUGUGACACAUCAACUUGUUAGCAUGUAAAUAAGGUGAAACCUCAGACCCUUCUCAGUUCUUGGCAGUUGUAUCAUGAGGAUAGGAUGCUGAAAAGGACAUGGCUUCCUGGAAGAGAAAAGUCAUCUUUGAUGGGGCAAUUUGAUGUCCAGCUAAUCCAUGAACAUCAUUAGUGAACAUCUUGAUUUAUUUUGUUUUGUCAGUUGGGGAAUAAAUGGUUCUCUAUUGUAUUAUCUGUUAAUGAGGGCAAAUUGUAAACCAAGUACCCAGAAGUAGGUUCAGAGUCAGUUGUCAGAAAGGUACGCUGGUUGUUGCUAACCCUGUUCCAGGCAUGAGGACUUCCUUGCCAAUCUGGAGGUCAUUGUCAGAUCUGCUUGAUGGUGGCAAGUAAUACAAUGACCAUACUGGCUGGGAGGAAGGGUCUGACCUUCUCUAAAUAACAGUUAUGAUUCUAUGCCCUAAGCAGGAAAAGAAAGAAAUUUGAAACCAUUGUGAGUAGAACAUUGACUGGUUCACUUAGAAGAUGUGGGGUGUAUAAUAUUUGUUAAGGAAGAAUAGGAGUAAGUGGUUUGUUUCAUGGCAUAGCCCCUCCAGCAUACCAACCUUAGAUCCUUUAGGAGACAGCAGUGAAAGGUCUUAGGGUUCUUGCAGUGGCUGGACUGCUGUCGAGGAGCUAUGUCCCUGAAACAGUAAACUUUCAUGGAAAACCGUAGACGAGUUAUUGACUAGUAUUUGGGCUCUUAUUGCCCUGGAAUGCCGACAAAGAUGAUUUAUUGGAAAAUGAGGAACUAACCCAAAGAUAUCUAGACACAUUCUUACAGUUAUCCUCUUUGCCUUGGAAAACUCCUGUAAUUCUUAUGUUGAAACAGGGAUAGAAUGUUAGAGAUGAUAUAAUAAUAGAGCAAUAAAUGCCUUCAAUUAAAAAGGACCCCUUAAAACAAUCACUGCUAUGCAUAUCAAGGCCUAGUCAACCUAAGGGAGCAAAUACCAUAGCCACAGCUAGAGUUGUUAUGGCUACUAAGUCUAGAGGUUCACCAAGAUGAAUUAGAUGAUGUCAGUGAUGGUGACCUUGCUGCCCAAAACAGCAUUGCAUGGACUGAGAGCAUUAGAAGUUCAUUUGACUGAGCUCUGAGCCAGCUGCCCAUCAAAACUGAAUAAAUUCACCUUGUUGACUAGCAGUGGACUGUUCUCCCCCUCUGGACCCCUAGGUCUCUCCCUCCCCCUCUUCAGCUUCUUUAAGGAGAAGGAGGUUAAGAAUGAGACUGUCUUGAAGGAGAACUAAAAGUCUUAUGCACCCAUCCAAAUGGUGAGUAGGAAAUAUGUAAUAUGCUUGGAACCCUUGGAGAAGGGAGGGACUUAAACUUUUCUGACCACAUUAAAUAGAAGUAUCCCAUUUUACAUCUUACCAGUCUCUUGAAGGGACAGUAGCUGCAUUUAGUGAACAUAGCUUAAGCAGUGUUUGCAGUGGGGGAAAGAGGUUAACAGAUCUUAUAAGUGGGGCCCAUUGGUCCAUUCGGUGUAUCAUUGUUGUAGCCUCCUCUGGUGAAUUUUACAUGAUUAUAUUGUGAAAGCUUAUAAAAUCCAAAAGGAUUCUCCUGAUCUGAAAGAGCUGCAUGAGAGAAUUGCUGGUACCUUUGAAGCCUGACAACCCUAAUGACUUCUUUUGAGCUUCAAGUUUCUGUAACUUUGCUCAUUGAAGCUUCUGGCAAAGAGAGGCAGCCUCCACUCAGAGGUACCCCUUGGGAUUCUGGACUCAUCACAUCCCUGACUUAAAUACCAUGUCGCAAAGAUGCUCCCUUUGAGUAUCAAAAGGAGUAGCAACUGAAGGUCUGGCCCAUGGAAGCCUUGUAACUCUUCAGCCUGAUAGUCCCAUUUUGGAAUGGGUCAUCUUGUACUCAAUGAACAACAAGGUGCAAAGGGCUUAGGAAGCCUUGGUUGUCAAAUGGAAAUGUUACAGUGAGGAAGGCAGCUGAUCUGACGCCAAUAGCAUCUUAAUUUCACAUGAAAAAGUGGCAGCUCUCCAUUUGGAGAAAACUGUCAUCCUGAUUCACAGAAGGUUCUCUUGAAUUUCUGAGCCUGGUUCUCUGAUGGAUUAGCUAAAUUGAAGUCUAAUGGUAUAUCCACUGGUUGCUAUAGUUGUUCAGCCUCCCCAUCAGCUGUAUAGAAAAAUGGAUGUUGUCUCUGUUCAGUGUGCAGAAUUCAAUGCAAUUCUCAUAAUAUUAGUCAAUAGUCCAUUAAUGAAUCUUGUUAUGUAUUUAUUGUUCCUUGGAGAGUUACCAAUGAUCUAGUUGUUUGGUCCACCAAUUGAAAAAACUACCAACUGGCAAAUUACACAAUCCUUGAGGGCCACAAGCUGUGGCUGUGGUUAAGUUGUCAAGCUCAUUCAUGAAGAUGCUUAUGAUAAGGGCCUGUUCUUCAAAGAGCACUAACUAGAAUCAAGCUGAUUCAGGUUGCACACCCAGGUUUUCCACCACUGCUGCCUAGAUUUAUUAUUGUACUGGACACGAAGCACACCCAGGCUCACAGACUGGACAGGAACUGACGCGCUCUGUGUUUCUGUUGUAGAGAUGAUUGGCAUACAGAGGUGGUGUUGUAGAGGAGUGUGUUACUUGUCUUAAUAUUUGACCUGUUCGUCUCUGUGAGGGAAGACAUAUCUUAUAGGGGUUUACUCCUGCCGUUCCUGACAGAUUGCCUGUAUUAUACCCCCUCUUUGGAUUGUCAGUGGUGCCUCACUACUGUUGACAUUUUUUCAGAUCAUGGUUUUUCUGGUCUAUUCCAUUCAGCAAACUCCAGCUACACAGCUGUGGCCGUUGAUAUUAAUCUAUACAAAUCUGACGAAGGUGUACCUUCUAUCAUGGAGGUCAUAGGCAAGGUAUUCAGUGGCCCUUCAUGCUCUUUGUCAUCCACAAGCAUUUUGAAUUGUUGAGCAUUGGAACAGACUCUCUAAAAUCAACUCAAAAGAUUUAUAAUUCUGCCUCCCUGACCUGGUAAAACACUUUGGUUCCUGAAUCCUACUGGCCCCAGUUGGGGAUUUCUUGGCUGCUUCCUGGGUUAUGGUCAGGAUGAAAGAAGUGAGAAGUUAUAUCAAAUUUUAUAUUUGGAAAAUUUGGCAUAUUAUCCUGACCAUUCCUAGACGUGAGGAGUCUUCCUUUCCCCUAACAGCUACCCUAGACAGGCCUGUUGGAUAAGCACCCUGGGUGACAGCCUGGUCAAAGGGAGGAGCAGAGGAUUCAAACUUACAGUGGUUUUCUUGUUGGAUUGAAUCACUAGAUUGAGUGAAUUGCUUGCUGAGUCUCCCUAGAAUGAAUCUCUGCAAGUUUCAUAAAAAAUGGCUUUGGCCUCUUGCUCUUGACCUUGCAGAAUGAAACACCUGUGUGUAGAAAUAGGGGAUGACUGGUAAAAGGUGAAGUUGUAGCAACUGGAACAUGACACAUGAUUUUUAGGGGGGAUGUGGGAAGAGAAUUCUGAAUCUGUGGAUAGCAAAACUUGGGUCUGGGAGGUGCAGUGGUUGGAAGGACAUGAGUGAAUUUUUUUGUCUUUCAGAGCCACCCUUAGAACCACCUUCCUCUUGGAGGUAACUGCCCUAAUGUGGCUCUCUCAUUCUAUCAGAAGAACCUUUAAGCUAGCUGACUCCUGGCUCUGCUAUUCCCCUGCAUAUCUCUGACAUGCUUGGAACAGCAUUUCCCUUAAGCUUACCAACAGGUCUACCAGGAACGGCAGAAGGUGCCCAGCUCCUCACCUUUCAUUCAAAAAGCCCCUGAACACCAUUAGAUGUCUUCCCCAUCACUUCUGUAGCUGUUAUUCCUUCAUCAAUAGGGCAGAUAAAUGCCGCUGGUUUGUGGUAUCAACAGAGAGAGAUCAAACUGACUGUUCCCCCAAACAAGACUCAAUUCAGUUAUUGGUGCUGCACUGGGGAAGCUUCAGGCCCACCAGCUGACCUAAAAGCCACGUGGGAGGCACCAUCUACUUGUGUCUCUCUCACUGAUGCCAGUCCCACUUGUGGGACCCCAACAAAUAUAAAAACUGCUUUCUUUCUGGGGGCUCAAUGUGCAUCUUAGAACUAUACUUGUUGUUUAGAAAACUUUUAUAUUAAGGUUAUUAUAAGAGACAUUCAAGGGUUUUAGGAGUAUAGAUCAUAUGGUCAUCAAAGAUGGAACUCCAUCAGAAUGAAGCCACCCUCUGUCAUUCAGGGGAGUUUCAUGGAUGGAUAACUGACUCAUUAUUUAUGGGUGACUUAUAAGCUCUCUUACCCAGUUUGAUAUGAUGAUAUGGAAUUUGUUCCUGAUUUUAGCUGAUAUGAUCAAUGACAUAAGCUUGGCCCUGGAAUGCAUUCAGACGGGGCUCAAUUCACUAGCCAGGAUUGGUAUGGAUGACAGAAUUGUCCUAGAGUUCCUCUUCUGGGACACCUUGAUAUCUACAGACUAGGUAGAAGAGAUGAUACAGAAACUUGAGACUAAAGCCUCUUGGUUUUCUAAAAAUUGACUGAUGGUUUCCGAGAUUUACUUAGCUGAUUUGGUCUGGUUCUCUGGGGAACCUGGUUGAGGUCAGUUCUUCACGUUGGUCUAAACCUACUGCUUAGAUGAGUAUAGAUAUAGAGUUGGAAGAGAGGCACAACUCAGUGAUUCUUCAUUCUGGAUUUAUUUGUAUGGAAAAUGUGGGACUGUAAAGAUAGGAUUGGCUGAGAAGUAAUAGAGUCUCAUACUGGACAUAUUAAAGUUUGAUAUGACUAUGAAAUAUUUAUAUAGAGAUAUAAAUUAGGAGAAUGAGAGAGUUUAGAACUCAGAGGUUGGAUCUUAGGAGGUGAUAAAAAUUGGGGAAUCUAUAGGAUACGUGCGUAUUUAAGGCAUGAGAGGAAAUGAGAGGAACCAUUUUUGAAUGGUUUGUGGAAGAUUGUGCAUUUUACCAAAAGCCUCACCUACACUUGACCCACUUCACUUCCAUGGUAAUUUGAACCCAUGUGGCUCCUCAUAUAUUUGAGUUUGUCAGCCUUAUCAGAAAAAAAAGUAAGAAGAUUAAACAAAUGGUGACUAUAAUUAUGGCACCGACUACUAUGUGGUAUUUGUUAUACAAGGUCUUGGAUGUAGUUUGCUAAGUGUUUAUUUAAAACUAGGUUAUAGGUUUUGAAUUUUGUAUUCUACUAUAGAUACCACAUCAGUAAUCUGGCUAAGGAGGCUGCUAUGGUUUGUGGUGGCUGUUUAAUUUUGAUUCCAUAUGACCUUUUUCAAACCAGUAGUUUGGGAACUUAUUGUACACACAGAACUUUAAAAUUAUUUAUCUCUCCGUUCUCCAUGUUUUUUCAAUUGUUGUCGAAUACUUGAUUGCACUUUUCAUGUUCUUUUGUUCUUCAUGUUGGCUCUGUUUUUUCUCUUAAUUCUUACAUCCUUCCAUGAGAUUUUCACAAAACCGUCUUGUAAUUAAUUAGUCAACAACAAAAAGUGGCAGGAAAUGCUAUAAAAGAGCCUGGAGGUAUUUUAUAACUCUGGAGAGGAGGGGGUGCUUGAAGAAUUACUAGACAGGGUCACAAGAGGAGAUGAUGCCCCUGAGUGGGGAGGAAAUGAAGAGUAGAAAGUACAAAACACCUCCCGUGCAGGUUUAUGGAGGGUAGGUGGUCAAAGUGAAUAUGAAGGAUGCACCCCAUGGAGGUGCAAUAACUGAUUUAUUUUCUUAAUUUAAAAAAUAUUAUGUAAUUUCUAUUAAACCUUAGAGUUAUCAUGAUUGACUAACUUUAAUCUUGUUUUGCAUGUUGCUCACAAAGGAUACUCCUACAUUUAAUAAAUACCAAUGGAGCAGAGCAUCCUGCAAGUCACUGCUGUAAUGUACAGGCUGCCAGCUGUUCAAAAUAGCUUCACUUUUACAUGAUGUGGGGCAGGCCCUCAUUGAUGGUACUUACAUCACUGAUGUGUAGAACUGAAGGGUCUAAAUAGAGGUUUUUAGAGGUGGAAAUUUAACAGGUGGAGAAACAGAUACUUAGAAAGAAUGAUUUAUCUAUUUAUUCCUGGUCAUGUAAUUAAUUGGUGGUGGUACAUGGGGCUAGAAGGGCAUCCUAACAACCUCUGUUCGUAAAAUGUUAUUAAAGGGAGUUCUUGCUGCGCCACAGUAGGUUAAGAACCAGCAUUGUCUCUGUGGAGGCGCAGGUUCCAGGUUCAAUUCCUAGCUUAGUACAGUAGGUUAAGGAUCUGGUGGUGCCUCAGCUGUGGUGUGGGUCUCAGCUGUGGCACAGAUUCGAUCUCUGGCCCCAGGGAACUUCCAUGGUGGGUGUCGUCAAAAGAAAAAGUUAUUAAAAAACCGUCAACGUGAUUUUCCUCCAUAGAUAUAGCAAUAAAAAGUAAGGGUAUAUCAAUUACUUUUAUGAUACUAGGAACAGUUUGAUGUCCUGAUAUAAGCUGAGAGGAAGAUUAGAUUUCUCAUCAGAAAAAAAUGUAGUUAUCUGUGCUCCUUAAGAGUUGAAACUGCAAAUGGUAUUUAUUUUCAUGUUUAUAUUUCCCUUAUCUACAAGUUUUCACCACAGGGGGCUUAUUGCCCUCCCCCUACUCCUCACUGUGACUGGGAAAGAAAAUUACCAUCCAGCUAACCUUCUUUAAUUUAUGAAGAACUGAUUUGUUCUCCUCAGAGUUUUAGGUAUGGUUUGUUAGGUCUCUGUUGUAAUAGAAACAGACAUAGGUUUUUGCUUCAAUGAAUGUUCUUGAGCUAAGAGUUUAGAAAAUAUCCAGUGACUUAAAAUCUCCUUUAAAAAAUGUAGCCAGCUCAGAAAGCAUAGUCUGUUGAACUUAAAACCUUUGAUCUAUACCACACCACUCAAGAAGCUCUAACUACUUAAGACAUUUUGACUGCAAAGAAGACGGUACGUUUAAUGAUCCUGACCAUACGAGGGUCAAAGAACUGAAUCUGUCAAAAAUGAGGUCUCUAAAAUAAUUAACACAUUUUAUUAACUCUAAUAGGACCAGUAGCUCUCUGUCAAGUUAAGUAUUGCAAUGGCAUCAAAACCUGAUCUGAACACGUGUUGCAGGUGGGAUGUGCACAUUACCUGGUUUCUCAGCUGCAGCAUCCGUGGCUGAGACUGUGGGGAGAUAGCGCCGUCUUCAGUUCCUAAGGGCCCUGGGCUUUCUGUAGGGCUGCCCAAAGCUGAACUAGGUAAUAGCUUUUCGCUCAGUUCCUCCUCAGAAAUGAAAUGGCUUCAAGAAACACUUGUGCUACAAAUUACUGGGAAGGAGAUAUUCAGUCCUUGGCUGUAGGUCUUGUUUUCUAAACCCUUUGCCUGACUGUAUCAAAGAGCCACACUGUAAAGACCAAGAAAAAUGAAAGAAAAAGAAAUCAUCCCAGAAUUAUGUAGACAAAUUGGAGGCAGUAAUUCCCAUACUGCUUGUAAAUGCUAAACUGAAAUAUUGUAGGAGAAACUUAUGAAAUGAGCUUAGUUUUUUUUUUUUUAAGAUAUGAGGCAUUUUUUAAAGGGAUAGAAGGGGAAAGUUGUAUAAUAUUAUAUAAUAAUUCUCAAAAAAAAACCACAAUUUUUUUCCCCCAAAUAAACCAUUAGAGGAAAGGGAACCUCAGUGCCAGAAAAUAGACUUAUUUUCAUUAUCCUUAUCUCUUGAACCUGGCUUUUCUUGUUUCCUUUUCAUUUCAUUAGAACUUAACAUAUCUCUUUUGAAAAAAAUCAAAGGCUUUGUUUUAGAAAAUACUUUACAUAACAUGAUAAUACAGUGUAAGCAGUUCUAAUUGUGUUCAUCUUCUCCUCUACCUCAAAGAAAAAUACAUUUUAAAUGAAGGAAAUUAAAAAAAAGCUAUCGUCAUCUUUCUACUUUAUCAGCAUUGUACAUAUGUGUGCUUAGAGGAAGGAGAAAAGUUUGUGCUGAAUGGAGAGAUGUAAUAAUGAAAGUGAAAUCUCACAAGUCUUCUGCCUCACCCCCCAAAUCCCCCAAACAAACGAACAAAAAGCAUAAAAUGUUGGGACUUUAAAUGAGUAUCGGUCCUUAUUUAAUCCUUAUUUAGAUGCAUACCGAUCCCUGACUUGCCCUGAGAUAUUUCUUCUGCAGAAAUGUUUCACUUCAAAAGAAACUAAAGUGAAUUUUAAUUUAAUGCAAGGAUUUAAACUCUUCAAGUAACUACACGAGUGGGUUAUGAAUGUGUCCCCACGAUAGCAGGUUGACAGCCUAAGAGUCAGGAUAAAUGCUUUAGAUCCCAGUAAAAGACAGGAGCUGUUCAUGGGGGUGACCUCUGAUGGCAAGUCAUCUUACUAUAAACAGAAAGGCGUGGAAAGCUAUUGGUCAGAGCCAAGAGUGUUUACUCUCCAGGUCUCCUCCUAGUUAACCUAAAUAACUGCACUGCUUCUAGUGCCCGGAGGUUCACGGCAGAGCAAGGUGUUUUUAAGGCUACCUGGAUGUUGUUAGAGACUCUAAACCUUGCAGACUAUUCUGUAAUCUUUGAACUGGGUUUUAUCCUAUUCACACUGGAAAGUCGGAUUUAUUGGCUAUCGAACUCACGCACACACAAAACUUCCAUCCAAAUAAAACUGGAAUUAGUUUCAGGUUUUUGGACUUUGAAUGAGGUAAAGAAACCGUGCACAGAAUCAGAUGUUCCAGAACCCCAGAAUUCCAGGUCUAUGGAAAUGCAGGACCUAGCAAGUCCUCAUCCUCUUGUUGGAGGUGGUGAUACGCCCGGUAGCUCCAAACUGGAGAAAGCUAAUCUCAGCAGCACAUCGGUCACCACAAAUGGGACAGGAGGGGACAACAUGACUGUUUUAAACACUGCAGACUGGUUGCUGAGUUGCAACACUCCCUCCUCCGCAACAAUGUCUCUCCUAGCAGUCAAAACAGAGCCUUUGAACAGCAGUGACACCACAACCACGACUGGAGAUGGAGCGCUUGACACUUUUACUGGGUCAGUAAUAACAAGUAGUGGCUACAGCCCCAGAUCAGCACAUCAAUAUUCCCCACAGCUGUAUCCUUCCAAGCCCUAUCCACACAUUCUUUCUACACCAGCAGCUCAAACAAUGUCUGCCUAUGCAGGCCAGACUCAGUAUUCGGGGAUGCAGCAGCCAGCCGUCUACACAGCCUACUCACAGACAGGACAACCCUACAGCCUGCCCACUUACGAUCUGGGCGUGAUGUUACCAGGCAUCAAGACAGAGAGCGGACUUUCACAGACUCAGUCCCCGUUACAGAGCGGGUGCCUCAGUUACAGCCCAGGGUUUUCUACCCCACAACCAGGGCAGACACCUUAUUCUUACCAGAUGCCAGGUUCUAGUUUUGCACCAUCAUCUACUAUUUACGCAAAUAAUUCAGUUUCCAAUUCAACGAAUUUCAGUGGUUCACAACAGGAUUAUCCAUCCUACACAGCCUUUGGCCAAAACCAGUAUGCACAGUAUUACUCCGCAUCAACGUAUGGCGCAUAUAUGACAUCGAAUAACACAGCGGAUGGCACGUCAUCCUCCACCUCAACCUAUCAGUUGCAGGAAUCUCUCCCAGGACUGACUAGCCAACCAGGUACAGAUCUUCAUCCAGGAGAGUUUGACACCGUGCAAAGCCCCUCCACACCCAUCAAAGAUCUUGAUGAGAGAACGUGCAGGAGUUCGGGGUCAAAGUCCCGAGGGAGAGGCCGGAAAAAUAACCCUUCCCCACCUCCCGACAGUGACCUGGAGCGUGUGUUUGUCUGGGACUUGGAUGAAACCAUCAUUGUUUUCCACUCACUGCUCACAGGAUCUUAUGCCCAGAAGUAUGGCAAGGAUCCUCCCAUGGCUGUAACCCUUGGACUCCGAAUGGAAGAGAUGAUUUUUAAUCUUGCUGAUACCCACUUAUUUUUUAAUGAUUUAGAGGAGUGUGAUCAAGUUCACAUAGAUGAUGUUUCCUCUGAUGAUAACGGGCAGGAUUUAAGUACCUACAGUUUUGCAACUGAUGGCUUCCAUGCAGCUGCAAGUAGUGCAAACCUUUGUUUGCCAACAGGUGUAAGAGGAGGGGUUGACUGGAUGAGGAAGUUGGCUUUUCGUUACAGAAGAGUAAAAGAAUUAUACAACACCUACAAGAACAAUGUGGGAGGACUCCUUGGCCCCGCCAAGAGAGAUGCAUGGCUGCAGUUGAGGGCUGAGAUCGAAGGUCUGACCGACUCCUGGCUAACAAAUGCACUUAAAUCUUUAUCAAUUAUUAGUACUAGGAGUAACUGCGUAAAUGUCUUGGUAACAACAACCCAGCUGAUCCCAGCGCUUGCAAAGGUUCUACUUUAUAGUCUAGGAGGUGCUUUUCCCAUUGAGAAUAUUUACAGUGCAACGAAAAUAGGCAAGGAAAGCUGUUUUGAGCGUAUAGUGUCCAGAUUUGGCACUAACAUAACUUAUGUUGUGAUUGGAGAUGGCCGAGAUGAGGAGCAUGCCGCUAACCAGCACAACAUGCCCUUCUGGAGGAUAUCAAGUCACUCAGACCUCUUGGCUCUACAUCAAGCACUGGAAUUAGAGUAUUUGUAACUGUGUUCUCUAGCGGGAGAUCCUUUUUAUAUAUAUAUAUAUUUCAAGUACACUGAAUUUUUAUGUGUGAUGCAAUGCCUCUGGCUUUACACAUAUAAAUUGUCUUAAAGGAUGAAAUCAUAUUUGGAAUGAGAAUUCCAGAAGGAAGAAUUCAGAUUGCUGAACGGAAUUAAACAUUAGUGCUACAGAAAGGAAGCUCUAUGGUCUUAUAUUUACAACACUUUCAUGGUUAAAAAAAUAUAUACAUCUGUGGAGGUCGCUGGUCCACACCGACUGAAUCCUGACUGGAAUGAACAACUUUAGCAAAGAACUCUUACUCUGGCAAAGCACCAACACAGGCUCCAUCUGACAAGGUUCAACAACAUUCCUCAAAAAUGGGAGAUCUUCUCAGCCCUGAGGUUUGAAUCUGACGUUAGCCUACCUAGCCCAGAAAAUCUGAAUUGGAAUGCACUCGGACUGUGUAAGGACAAUCCGAUCUAGACCUGUAAUUUGUGUAAAUUAUUGAGGAAAAUAAUUUACUGUGACUUUGUUAGCAGCUGACUUUGAAAGUGGAUGCAAUUUUUCUUUCAUUUGUGGGGGAGGGGCGUGGGGGGGAGGAAACGGGAAUCUAAUAAUGUCUCUCUUUUUUAAGUUUGGUAAACAGAAUGUUCAUACUGAUGUGUCGUGCCUUAAAGACAAGACAGUGUUUGUGUGUUACAAUGUAACUUUGGUUAAAAAUCUCUGUAGAUAAUGAAAAGCAAAAACCUUUGUGAUCACUCUUAACAAUGACCAAAUUUAAAAUUCAAGCUAUCAAAGCUUAAUCAUGCACCGGCAAGAAACGGAGUAUUUGUUGCGAUGAGAAAACCGUAACAAUAAAGGGAAGCUUGUGGUUUAUUUGGGUUCUUAAUAAUUCCAAUAAUUGUAUGAGGCAACUAUUUGUGCAUCCAACCAGAAGCAGAAGGUUUGGGAAAGACUGUGGGACCUUGACUUAGAAAGUGAACUGUAUGUUGAAGCCUCAAUUACCUGGUCUACAGUUUUACUGAGGAAAACUAAGAGCCAUAUUCAUGAUGACUUAUUACUAUUUGAAGUUUGAUUUUUGACAUGUGUAAGUUGUGUAGGGGAAAAUAUUCUGAUGAAACUCCUAAGCAAAUAUCACCCAAACUUUCUUAGACUAUCCAUGAACGUGGCUUAAAAUUCACAAAGUUAAAGGCUUUUAUUCCCAAGGCCAUUGCAAAAAUGAAGUGUCAUCAGUAGUGGAAGGCGAAUGCCCUAGAUGAUUUCCAAGAAACGAAGUGAAUUAGUGAAAAUUUUACCUAGACUAUCUUCAUAAAAUAAAUUAACAAGUGGACUUGAUCUUGGCAGCCUUACUGAGGUUUGAUUCUCCAUCCUCACACCUGAAUCCAGUUUCUCUCCACUCUAGACCUGUGUACCUUAGUUUCUGCCUGUGCCGUUACUGCACAAUGGACUUCAUUCAUUGCGAGGAGAGCCUGUCAUCGUUGUGUUUGCAUGUUUUUUUUUUCUUGGUGUGUAGCCCAUGUUAGGAACACGAUACUGGUUCUCCUGUCAUUUUGUAUGACAUGAUUUCCCUUGUGGAAAUUUAAGACUUUAUGAUCUAGGAGUGUUUUGAUGGUGUCUACACCUGCAGUUCUGUGUUUAAAAUGUCACAAUGUGGUACCUGGAGUCCAACUACUAGGCAGUGCUCCCAACCAGAGACUGGUCCAUGAUUACCCAUCAUCUCAGGCUUUGGUAGCUCCCAUCAGAGCAGUGCUCUGUACACUGAUCACAGCAUGUGCUAUGGAAAUGUGAUUUUAUUUUCCAAACUAUAAACUUGUAUUCCUCUACUGUCCACUAAGGCCGUGUUUACAUUAGGCAGAAAGAAAUUGAGAUCAAAUUUUGCACAUUUUAAGAUUGUGAUUUCAUUACAUACAAACCUUAAACUUAUUCUUUAAAUAUUGUAACAUUUGGCUGCCUCUGCUCCAGGUACUGUUGCAGACAAAUUAAGAUUGGGAUACUGCUGCUAUUACUACUACUACUACUAAAAAUAAUCAUAAUAAUAAAUCUUACAUUUCAGUUGGCCUUUAGCUUGAAAAUAGUAGUUUAAAAAAACUAAAGCGCUGCAUUGAUUAUCCAUACAUCAUUCUGUUUUGUGCACUAAAACCUUAAAUGUUUAUUACUGUGAGUAAAACAAAAGUAUCUUUACUGUAGAGCCAAUUUCUUUAAAUGAUAGAAUUUUGACGUCACAUCUAAAUUGUAAAUUAUUUUUCAUGUCAAACAAGCAAGGCUUCUUAUGCUGCUCAACCUGCAGCUGCAGAAAAGAAUAGCCCUUCACAGGGCACAGAGAAGGGUCACUGAUCGCGUCACCAGAGCUAUUUCUCACAGAUCUCCUCUGAUGAUGUGUUCAGAAGAGGCUGCCAGUGUUAACACCUUGUCUGGCACAACGGUGGUGCAGCGAGGGAGCCCACAUCACCGUUUGCCAGGUGGCUUUGAGCAUGCUCAGACGAGGACGCGUCCCCUUCCCACCUUCAGAACCCAGGAUCCUCUUCCUGUCUGAUCUGAAAAAGAAUAAAAUCAAUCAGCAAACAAAAAAGCCCUUUUGGGCACUUCCCACAUUCUGUCAACAUAUAGAAUAUUGUGCCUUACAGUAAACCAAUUUGAAAACUGUUCCUUCACAGUUUCAGUUUGUCCGAAACUUGGUGUAUCACCAGGACAGAUAACCACCUUGUGUUGCACCAGAAAAACAGCAGAACAGGUGGCCUGCCUACAGUAGGGUAACAGAAGAGAUUAAGUCACUCUUAAUCUCUGUGCAAAGAUUUGUCAGUCAAAUUCAGAGACAAAAACAUAUUUUAGUAUCAUGCCGUUUGUGCACAAAAAAUAGAUAAUAAUUCUCUAAAAAUUGUUUUCGUUAGUCUCUAGUGAGCUAAGAUUCAUAGUGUCAACAGCAUGCUCCAGUAUGAAGGGUUUUUUUUUUUUUUUUAAAGCACAUUGGUUUAAGGACAAGCCUACAUUCUCAGCGAAUAUGGCAGUUAGUAUUUCUUUUAAAAACAAACAAGCAUCUUGAGCCAAAGUUGCAUUUUGACUCCCAACUAUGGUAGUGUUAUGGAAAUCUCACAAAGUCAAGGGUUUCUGUUAUGUAUGAGUAAAAUAUAGAUUAUUGGGGCUUACAUAAUUUAAAGAAAUGUAAAUUAAUAUUAAAAGCUUGUAAAAAUAUGUACAUCUUUACUAUUUCUCAAUAAAUACCUUUGGAAAUGUUUUCAUUUUCUUCACCGUCCAUGUUGUAGUUUCUGUUAUGUGUAUUUAGCCCAAUUCUAAAUAAUGUGAAGUUUGUAUGUAGGUUUCUUGCUGACUUCCUAUCUUCCUUGUGUGUGCCUAAAUUGCCUGAUUUGCAGUUAAGGCAAGCUGAGAUGUAACACAGCAAAAUGUCACUAAUUAAGACUGAAAGUGAGCUGGUGUACUGAAAAAUGUGCAUUACAUAGUCUUUUAUAUAUAGGUAUUUACAUGUAAGUAUAAUGCAUAAUGUGGUCACACUUCAUUAUUGAUAAAGUCAUACCUUGUAGAAUAUUCAAAGCAAAUCUGCUUCAUAUGAAUAUGGGACGUGGUGUAUAAGUAGCUUCCAACAGUGAUGAAGGAGUGUUUUUCUGGAACAGAUAAAACAGCUCCUUUAUCACCUUGUGUAUAGUAUUGAUUUAUUUGCAAAUCUGUUGUUCAGAUGCAAACCAAAGGGAACUUCCAGACCAACCUAGGUUGUAGCCAUUAAAAAAAAAAAAAAGGAAGAAGAGGGAGAAGGAGAAAACAUACAGAUAAGUCUCAAUGGGACCAAUCUAAAUUUUUACAACUUACCUGGAGUGUUUACUGACCUACUAUUUUGUGAAAAGAAAGAGCAAAGAUAGCCAUAAGCAAAAAUCUAUUUGGAAAAAAGCGAUCCAUGAGCUGAGAAUGAUUUGCUGAGGGGGAAAAAAAAGUUCAUAACGAAUCAAUGACUGUUUCCCUUCCUUUUACUCUUUUGUUUAAAAAAUGAUAAUGAUAUUCAACAUCAGUAGGUUUAGUUGAUUUAAAAUACUUAAAGCCACAAAAUAGUACAUAAAAAUCAGAUCUCUUUGCAUUCUGUGGUUCAUGAUUCUGAAUCUCAGUAACAAAAAAAAAGAAGAAAGGAGGAAAAGAAGGAAAGAAAGAAAAGAAAGAAAGAAUGAGGAAGAAAGAAAGGCAGAAAGAAAGAAAUUAUUUUCCUGAGGUAGCAAAAAAUAACCAUCGUUUAACAUCUGUGCCUGUUGAUAUUUUUUUUUUAGUUAUUGGAUGUAGUGAUAAAUGCAUGGCCGAGAAAGAUGCUUGCACAAAGCAAAAACAGUUCUGAGCUCUGACUGGAAAAUAAAUAAAUCCAGCCCGA